CAAUCAGUUGAGUCAAAGUUGUUUGAGAAACUUGUUUGUUUUUAUUGAAAAUGAGUGGAGUAAGUCUCAAAGUUGAUGGAUUUGGGAGCGUAGAGAACCCAAUAACUAAAAAAGUUGAAGAUAUUGCAAGGUUUACAUGGCAAAAUGAAAACGGAAUGUGUGUUCAGUUAAUAAGCUAUGGAGCUAUCAUAACUUCAAUUAAAUUUCCUGAUCGCGCUGGUCAAUUAGCUGAUGUUGUAUUAGGAUUCGAUGAUAUUGAUGGAUAUCGAAAAUCUAAUAAUCCAUACUUUGGUGCGCUUGUUGGACGAGUUGCAAAUAGAAUUGCUCGUGGACAAUUUGUGUUGAACGGAGAAGUUGUCAAUGUUGCUAGAAAUUGGAAUAAUAAGCACUCCUUACAUGGAGGAGUUAUUGGAUUCGAUAAAUUCAAUUUCAAUCAUUAUGUUAAAGGAAAUGCAGUUUAUCUGACACAUCUUUCACCAGACUAUUAUGAAGGCUACCCAGGAGCAGUUCUAUUAACAGUUAAGUGUGAACUGUUGUGUGAUAACAGUCUCACGAUGAGUUUUAAAGCAACCACAACUCGUCCAACCGCAAUCAACCUAACCAAUCAUUCAUAUUUUAAUCUUGCUGGUCAUGAAACGGGAUAUAUAGAAAUUUAUUCGCAUGUUAUAAGCAUUAACGCUGAUAAGAUUACAGAGACUGAUUCGGAGUCUAUUCCAACUGGAACUUUACUUGAUGUUGGUGGAACUCCAUUUGAUCUUAGAAUACCAAGAGAACUUGGUCCAGCGAUGAAAAAUUUAACUGGCCCCGGUUAUGAUGAUAAUUUUUGUGUGAACAUUCCAAAAUGUUCAAAUGAACAGCCAAUUACGUUUGUUUCAAGAGUCCUCCAUCCAACAAGUGGAAGAUAUCUGGAAGUAUCCAGUAAUCAACCAGGCGUUCAGUUAUACACUUCAAACUUCUUGCCCGACCCCUGUGGAAAUAUCAGUCCAUCAACAAUCAUCGGCGAAAAUUAUUAUGAAGUCGAUGGAGUAUUGACUACAAAAUUGGAAAAAGUCAAUGUAGAAAUGAAAGACAAUACAACUGAUGUAAAAUGUUUAGAUGAUGAGUCUAAAGCUGUUAUUGGAAAAGGAGGCGUUCACUAUUUGAAGCAUGGAGCAUUUUGCUUAGAGACACAAAAGUUUCCUGAUGCUGUACAUCAUGAUAAUUUCCCAUCAAUCAUAUUGAAUCCUGGUGAAGUCUAUAAUCAUGAAGUCAUCUUUAAAUUUGGAGUUGAGGCUUAAAUUUAUUUUCUUUUGAUUUUGGAACUCUUAUUUUAAUACAAAAUUAUAUUCAUUAAUACGUAUGAACUUCUAU